AGACGUGUCUAUUUGCGGGUCAGUACCAGUACCCGGGAAUGGACUGUCUUCACCACCGCUCUCCGACUCAACGCCUUUGUCAAGAUCCGCUUCUCGUGGAGCAUUCAGACGGGAUUGCGGCUCUUCUUGGAUGACAAGCUCGUGGCUGUCACCAGCGUCUUCUUGCCGCGCACGCGCCUGGGCAUCACGCGCACAGACCAGUUCCUGAUCGGCAAGGCCCUUAGCCGGGACGUCUUUACGCGCAUGGAGCUGGAAGGCUUGGAGAUAGCGUACUGCCCUGUUGAGACUCUUGACUCGCUCAACAUUACCGUGGGACUUCCGGAGUUUGAAGAACAACCAAACGUGACACUCGCCGUUAACAGCGUCACAGGCAAGGUGGUUUUCACCUGCAGUGUGACAGAACUGACACGUGACGGGCUGCAGUACGUGGUGGACUGGUACUUGGGACCUAACGUGCUGGUCGGCCAGAACGUCUCCACCCUGGGUGGCGUUGUGAUCAGCCUGCUGCACGAAGACAAGCAUCAAACGCUUGACCUCUGAGAGAUGAGGUGUACUGUGCUGUAUCUGCAUGCGACGAAACUGACUGCAAUACUACACGUGGCCCAGCAAGGGAAAGUAUACGACUGGUUGCCAGUCCAAAGCUGAAGACGGACACGCUAGAAGUCUAUGAAGGAGGUGUUAACGCGUACAUCGAUGUCGUCUCCUAUCUGCCACCCCGUCUGUACUGUCCGUCUGAGGACAGAAGCUUGGAGUGCAGGGUGUCCAUCACCCCCACGCUGCUGCGCAAGGACAAAGAGGUGCGUUGUCCUGGCAACCGACAAACGAUCUCACAAGUAGUCUUCUACACCGAUGUCGGCGUAAGCUUGUUCAGCCCUGCAGCUACUGGCUGACUAUGGACAACUGGCGAUCCCAGCUGCGCAUUCCACUCGCCGGCACGAUGGACGGCUUAAAGGACAACGACCGCCAGACCUCGGUGCAGGUCAAGGCCACCAUCAUCGCCUCGGGACUGGCCUUCGAGUCUGUCGUCUUGGGUCAAGUACAAGUCAAUGUCAAAGACAGUGACAGCAGCGCCAUAUGCAGUGCCAAGGGAGAUCCUCACAUCACUACAACCGAUGGAAAGUAUUAUAACCACUACAGUGAAGGGGAAUAUGUGUUCCACCGCCACACAAGCUUCCCUUUGAGAUUCGCAUCUAUACCCGAAGCUGCGGGCAGAGCCGCCUGCAUCUGUGCUGUCACGUGAGAUCCGGCGAUGAUGUCAUCAGGUUUGAUCGCUGUGGACCUAAACAGUCGCAGGUGGACGGACGUCCAAUACAGAUACAGCUGCUGCUAAAUGGAAACUUGACUGCUGGCACACGUGUCAUGCGCAAGCAAGGCUCAAAAGAGUUUGAGGUGUCGCUGCCAACAGGUGGAAGAGUCAUUAUAAGAAAUGGUCGCGGAAUAGCUGAAAACUUCAUGGCUGUAUUCUUCAAACCAGCAUCCAUUGAUUUAAAGCAGUCAACAGGUCUUUGUGGGAACUACGAUAAUGAUAUGGACAAUGAUUUUCUUGGUCUAAUGGCGAAGUGCUUAGAUCCACCACUGCUUUCAUAGCCGCAUGGCAGGUGGACAGCAGUGACACCAUGUACAACGGCAUCUGUCCAGAUUCAGAGCCUGUAGAUGCAAACAUGACAACGACCAUGCCUUGCGAUUGUCUGGAGGGGCAGACCCCAAUCUGUGCUCCCAAUGUAGACGUACAAAUUUGUACAACUGAACUUGAUGGAGUUGAUUUGACUUCUCAGCUUCUGGACAACGCAAUGACCCUUGACCCGUGUUUGCUGGCACAGAACCCUGUACAGUGGGAGUUCAACCCUAACUACACUUCUCCGGACUUCACCUGGCCUACAGCAAGUGGUAUAACUCUAGAAAAUGCCACUCAAGCAUGCUUAACAGUUCGUCGGCUGAACAAAGCUGCACAAGGAUGCUCUGCCCUUGUUGGUACCCUGACCUUGCAGCUAUCGCAAGAAGCAUGUGUAGAAGAUAUCAAGAUCAUGGACAGUCUUGACUAUGCCAGCAGCAUGGCAAAGGACAUUCUGAUCGCCUGUCGUGUGGAGCUGUCUGUUAAUGUGGACUUGUGGGUGCUGGAGGGCGGAGAGGUUGUUUUGCCCACACACAUCACAGACACCCUGUGCCCUGAAGACUGCAGUGGUCAUGGCACAUGCUCAGCUGGUUUCUGCAAGUGCAACUCAGGAUGGCUGGGUGCAUCUUGUAGCAUCUCAGAGUGGGAACCACCCCAGCUGACCUCCAUUUCCAACAAGUUGUGCGACGUUCGACAGCAGCAGUGUUCCUACAUCACCUUGUACAGCUACAACUUUGUCAACUCCUCGCGUCUUGUCUGUCGUAUCAUACAGAACGGAGCUGCCACAACAGUGUCGGGUGUAUUCAAACUGGCUGAGGAGGUCCAGUGCCCCCUCGCUGAGUGCAAUGGAACUGUGCAAGUCUCUGUCAGCAACAACGGCCUCAACUUCUCAAAUAGUCUCUCCUACCUCUGUUUUCGACUCUGUUUGUGACAACUGCAACGACACUGCUUGCGUGUCAAGGACUGAUGUGUGCCGUAUCGGCGGACAGUGCUACGCUGACGGCUUCGUGAGCCCUGACAAUCCUCAAGCUGCCUGCAGUCCUCUGUACUCGACCACCCAGUGGACUCUCAUCAGAGCGGAGACCGUGAAAUACUUCAAGCUUGAGUUCCUUAAGAUCGACCGGAACAUCUUGGUAACCUCUGUCGGAAACCUAACUUUCAAUGGCAGUCUUAACCUGGAUUACACAAUGCUUCAACGACCGGCCCUGAUAUUCAAUGGAGGUGGUCUUCUCUUAUUUGGCGCUUUCACGCCGCCUUGUCUUCAGAACCCUGAGACCUGCAACUUAGGUUUCACAGUCACCUUCAACGUCAGGUUCAUGACCCUGUCGAAAACACCCGUUUCUUCACUUCAUGCGGGGACCACCCAGACGGCGCGGGCUUCACAGUGCUCUAUCGACGACAGCGCCUGUAUUUUGUUCUGGCCACCCGUACCCAGCGGUGGACCACAUACACAACCAAGGUCUCUUCUAACGUCUUCAGCACGUACGACGUCUCAUGGAGCCAGCAGAAAGGACUCAGCGUUCACCUGAACGGUGCAAAGGUUGCGGAGAGUGUCAAGGCUGAGGCCAGAGGGCAGGUCGCGAUUGCGGGCACCACGUGCAGCCUGGCUGUGGGCGCGAGAGAGGUCACAACGUCUACUUUUGCGCUAAUGUUUUUGCAGGUUGUGUACUGCCACAAGGACAUUGCAGACACCAUUGGCAUCAUCAUAGGAUUCCCAGAACUACAGACGCCUCCAACGCUUAUCGUAGAAUCAGACGGUGAUAAUGUGACAUUCCGCUGUCAAUUCAAGGCACUUGCAGACCCAGGACUGUUAUAUUUUGUUCAUUACUAUGGCGACGGACAGCUGCUCGCCAGUUACACUGUCCUUCGUGAGGCCUCCCCUUUUCUGUCGGCCAUGGAACUUAUGGAUCUGGGCUAUGGAAGCAAUCUGUACUGCCAAGUUACAGUAUGCUACAAUGACAACUGCAAUGAUACCAUGGGAAAGGGUACAGUGAGCAAUACAGUACUUUUCAAGAUCGAGGUGCUGACAAAGUCGCUGACUGUGAAUGAAGGUGGUCCUCCAGGCUUGAUCCAGUUCAGAAGUCUCGUGCCACCAAGUUUCUUCUGUCGAAGUGAUAAACGUAACAGCUGCAAGGUCAAGGUCUUGGCCAACGUGCGAGCAGCCAAGGAACUGACUGUCCUGACCGCCGUACCAUCACGCAGGCGGUGCUGGAAUGGACUGGACCUGCUCCGGAAGUACCUUUCUGCGGGUUGACCCUGGAGACCAGCACAUGGCAGCAGGUCCACAGUGUGGUCGUGAAGGGCGUGGUGGACACGCUGAGGGAUGGUGAUCAGCAGCGCACUGUGCAAGUUUACGCUGCAGUAACCUACGACAACAUCACCACCCCCAUCACCUUUGACCUCGGGCGU